AUAAAAACUGAUUGUAAUAAUAUAAAAUACGGACCUAAUAAUAUGAAUAAAUCUUUGAUAUUCUUGUUAGUUCUCCUUUCUUUGGCUUUUGCUAAAUAAACUUACAAGGUUAUGAAUGAAUAAUCAAGUGAAGGAGAAUUAUACUUCUAAUAAAAGCUUGAUCAUUAUGCCCCUCUCGAUAAUCGUACCUGGGCCCAAAGAUACUUUGUAAUGGAUCAUUGGUUCAAUAAGACUGCUUAACCUUUAGUUAUCCUCUACAUCUGUGGUGAAGGUGAAUGUAAUGGUGUUUAAUAUAACAGUUCUUUUACUUCUAAGAUUGCUGAAAUCCACAAUGGUAUCGUCUUAUCUUUAGAACACAGAUUCUACGGAAAAUCUCAACCUUUUGGUUUCGGUAAUGACUCCUAUGCUCUUCCUAACUUGAAAUACUUGACUGCAUAAUAAGCUUUGAACGAUUUAGCUUGGUUUAUCUAAUACGUCAAAGAUAAUUAACUUUUCGGAAUUACUCCUAAUAUGCCUUGGAUCACUAUCGGUGGAUCUUAUCCUGGUGCUCUUUCUGCUUGGUUUAGAUACAAGUUCCCUCACUUGACUAUUGGUGCUUUGGCCAGUUCUGCAGUCGUCAAUGCUUAUGCUGAUUUCUAUGAAUUUGAUUAAUAGAUCUCUGAUUCUCUUUCUAAGAAUUCUGGAAAUUGCAGAUAGAUUGUUCAUGAUAUUAACGUUAAUGUUACAAAUAUUUUGAAAAAGGGAACCCCUCAAUAGAAGUAAUAAUUAAAGGCCUACUUCAACAGUACUUUAAUUACCGAUGGUGACUUUAUGUUCUACUUCUCUGAUAUUACUGUUAUGGGAGUUUAAUACGGUAGUAGAGUUGCUAUGUGUGAUUUACUUAUGUCAAACUAAACUUUUGCAGGUGUCUUAUAGAAUCUUGCUACCUAUGCCUUAUAAGUUGGUGUCACUCCUGAUUAAUACGGUGCCUACUAUUUAAGAAAUACUACUUACAGUCAUGAAAGAAAUGCCCGUCAAUGGUAUUACUAAGUUUGCAGUGAAUUCGGUUGGUUAUUCACUCCUGCUAAACACUAUCCCAUGAGAAGUGAAAUCUUAACUAUGAGCUACUGGACUGAAUGGUGCAAUUCCGCUUAUGAUGGUGCCUUCCCUAACACUGAAGUUACUAAUAACUACUUUGGAGGUCUUGAUAUUUAAGCUACUAAUUUGAUUUUUACUAACGGUGGUGAAGAUCCUUGGUAAUGGGCAUCCAAGAGAACCCCUACUCUUCCUGGAAUGUAAAGCUAUAUUGCUGAUUGUGACCAAUGUGCUCAUUGCGUUGACUUAAGAACCCCAAGCCCUAAUGACAGUCCCAUUCUUAAAGAAAUCAGAAACAAAACUCUUAGCAGCUUUGCUACUUGGAAGAAUGAAUUCUAUGCUAAAUAAUCUCAAAAGAAACCCAGCUUUGUUGAACAAAAGAUUGUUGUCUAAUGA